UUUAUAAUAAAUUUAUAUGAUCAUUGAACAAUACUAAAUAGUAAAGAGCAUCUCUUACUCUCUGAACGAAAAAACUGCAGAUAACCUCCAGCAACUUUUUAUUUAAAUCUCUUUUAAUUUGUUUGGCUUAUCGCAACAGUCGGACUUAUAAUGGAAAAAAUAUUAUUUUUAAAUUAUACUUUAACUCGAAACUAGUUCAACCUAGUUGAUUUAUUUAGUACGUUUGUUUACAUCGUCAAACGAGAAUGUUAGUUGCUAAGACUCACGCAUUAUUAUCGACUGUUUUCAUUUUCCUAAUCGUUCUCAGAAAGCACAUCGUAGUAUGCGAAGAUGCUGAUGAUUUUGCACGCAUAUUUAGACAAGGUGAACAAGUACGUAAAAAUAAAGGAAAGGAAGUACUUAAAUAUAUGAACUUAAGUGCUGAUCCUUGCAAGGACUUUUAUGAAUUUUCUUGUGGUAAUUGGGGAAAACACAAUACGGUCAAGGAAGAUGAGAUCAAAACACCGUUAAGUCUAUUGAAUACAAAAAUUAAUAAUGACUUGAUUAGCAUUUUAGAGGACCAAGUAACUGUAGACGAUGGUAAUACUGGACGUAAAAUUAAAACUUUCUAUAAAUCAUGUACUAAUGCUCAACGUAAUGGACUCACACAGGAACAAUUCUUCAGUAAAUUUAUUAAAAAUAAUGGCGGCUUUCCUGCAGUGCCUGCUUCUAAUUGGCUUAUAGAGCAUCAUAACUAUAAUUGGCAAGAAAUUGUAUCGGACUUAAAUAAAAAGUAUAAUACGAAUAUUUUAAUUGGUCUUAAAAUUGACCUGAAUCCUUAUCAUAUUCAAGAAAAUACACUCUAUAUAGUUAACCCAAACACAAUAAUACCAGACCAUUUAUGCAAUGCUCAAUAUACUGAGCAUACAGUUCUAGAAGCACUGGAAUAUGAAGUAAUAGAAGCAGAUGUAGUGGAAAAUUUGAUAUCGUGGUUAGGCAUGAAAUCAAACGAUGCGAAGAAAAUCGCCUUUGAAAUUUUAUCCUUUGAAUUCGAACUGUGCAAAGCAAUAAAUUUAAAUGUAAGUGAAGAAACUAAUAUUAUGCAAUACAAAAAAUAUCCACGUAAUUCCUUAACUGAAUUUUCACAAAAAUUUAAUGAAAAUAUUAAUUUCGAUCAAUUUGUCAGAAACAGCCUGGGUUCACCUUACUAUAAACCAGUGAUUAUGACAAAUGAACAUUAUAUCAACGCUCUCAUUAAUACAACGGAGCAGCACAAUAAAUCGACUAUUGCUAAUUACAUAAUGUAUAGCGCAUUGUCUUUGCUUAGCUUACCAAAGGAUACUGACAAAAGUGUUAGACCACGUUUUUGUUUGGAUACACUUAAAAGACAUUUGCCAGAAAUUUUAAGUGAUAUGUACCGCAAGAAAUACUCUAGUAUUUCUAUUCGUAGUGAAGUGCUAACACUAUAUGAUAGAUUAAAGAACUCAUUUCAACACAGCUUGCAAAAUACUUGGAUUGCAGAUAGUUCAAGUCGUGCGGGGCAAAGGAGACUAUCCGAAAUAAAUUUAAAUUGGCCAAAAUUAGAUACAAACAAUUUAAAUGUACAGUUUGACAUUAAAAAUUAUUGGAACAACUUAGAAGAAAUUAUGUCCACAGUACAGCCAAAACAUUUAACACUUUUAUUCAGUCUUGAAAAUGCGCAACCAAGUAACGAAGUGUUUGCCUACGAAACUCGACUCGCCUACAAGCACACCCAUAGACGUAUCGAUAUAAGUUGGGGUUCACUACAAACACCAUACUAUCGGGAAUUAUAUCCAAGUGCUAUGCGUCAUGCUUUGAUCGGUCAGCCAUUAGCAGAAGAAUUGUCGAAGGCAUUUGAUGAUAUAAACUGGACCGAAGAUUUUUUGGGUAUUCCACAUUGGGAUCGCCAUACUGAAAAAGAAUAUGCUGCACGUAGUGAAUGUUUUCGUACACAUACUAGCAACUAUAUGUAUAAUAACCCAGAAAUUUUCCAAAACGAAACACUAUUACGAGAAAUAAUUGCUAAAAAUAUUGGCGUUAAUAUUUCAUUCAAAACGUAUUUGGAUUGGUUAACAUAUCUAAAUCCGCAACAUGAUCAUGACAUGUUAUCAAGGGAAACAUUAGCAGAACUUAACUUUACAAACACACAACUAUUCUUUAUUACAUACGCUCAAAUGAAUUGUCAAAGCAAAAAAGACGAUAAGCAAAAUGAAAGAUAUGAUAUCUUAUUUGAACAAACGCUAGAGAGUUUUAAAGUUAAUGGACCCUUACAGAAUUCAGAAGAGUUUGCUAGAGAUUUUCGCUGUGCAAAAGGAACUGUAAUGAAUCCAGAUAAUAAAUGUGUUAUUUAUUAGAUGAUUUAUGUAUAAUAUUAUUUUAUAUAGAGUAAUGCAUAUAGAAAUAAAAUAAAAAACAA